CGAAAUAAGGCUAAGCACAUACGCACGCACUUGCACUUGCACUCGGUCGAACGCAUGCGCACACACUUCCAUAUGACAUACUAUUCAAGGCACUCGACAACAUCGAAAGCACUUGCAACAUUGGCGUCGUCAACAUCGACGUCAUCGAAAGAGUAGCUACAGCAAUAGCGACAAAAGACGGUUUUUGUUUUGCUGACUGUUUUACUAUUUAAUGGUUUUCAUGAAUGGCCUGGGACCUGACCCUCUGCCAGCGAAGGAGGCAGAGGGACCUCCGGUUCAAAUGGAACCAGUUGACCUUAGCUNAAAAAAAAUUUCAGGAUCUCAAUCACCAAACUGCAAGUUAUUUGGAAGCAGGCACAAUAACGGCAGAGAUAAUAUUUACAGCACAUAUUCAAGCGCUAAAAGUGGCAACGGCUACAACAACAAUAACAAUUACAAUCGGGAUCGCUUUACAUCCUCUGCAUCAAGUUCCUCCUCCUCAUUCACCACAUCGACUCAGUUGCAAUCAAAUCGACAGUAUUCAUCACCAUUCUCCUCAUCAACGGUUUCGAAACUGCCUAUAAAUCCAUUCUUAGCAACUUCACCUUUUCUUUUACCUUGCCGGCGCGGGAAGGAAGAGGUUAACAGUAAAAGGAGUAAUGUGUCAAAUAACAACAGCCACAGCAUCAGUAGCGCGCAUGUCAACCAAAGCUUUAAUCAAGCGCCUCUUCAACAUCAUCAACGAAACACUGCAAGCGUAGUUCCUCCACCCUCCUCCACAUCGCCCGCCCUAUCGACCACUGCAGAAACACCAUUUUGCAAUCAUCUAACAGCCGCUGCUGCCGCCGCUGCAGCACAGAGAACAUUUUUGCACGACUACGAUCGAAAAUUUAGUUUGCUAAGCCUUUUCAAAAAUCCCUAUAAGUAUACAACGGACCGAAGAUCUUCAUCAUUUAGCUCCAGAGUUUGGGGCUCUAAUGAUGUGGUACUGCCGUCAGCGCCGUCAAAUGUUACUUCGAUGCUGACGUCUACGUACAGCAAAAUUUCUCAAGGACCUGCUAGUUCCAACACGAUAUUGCCAUGGAAGAUAAUGUCUUCAGCAUCUCAACCUAACAGUUUGCAUCAAUCGACUAUGAAUCCCACCUUCCAAGAGCCAUCGAAUGCCGAUAGUCGUAAGAACGCUUUCAGCAGUAUGGUCUUACGGGGGAGCGGCGGCAUGUUCGGACGAUCUGAUGACUCAGGCGGGAUGAUUAACAACAUUGGCUUUAGUGAUCUCUCUAAAAAUCGAAAAGUGCACAAAUGUGACACUGAGGGUUGUGAUAAAGUGUACACAAAGAGUUCUCAUCUGAAGGCGCACAAACGCACUCACACAGGUGAGAAACCAUACGUGUGUAACUGGGAAGGAUGUAUUUGGCGAUUUGCAAGAUCAGACGAAUUAACGCGUCACUAUCGAAAACACACCGGCGUCAAGCCGUUUCGCUGCCAACUCUGCACGCGCUCCUUCAGCCGCUCCGACCACCUGUCGCUGCACAUGCGCAGACACUAA